GCGCGAUAACUGUCUGAAAGUCAAGUUGUGGAAUGGGAAAAAUUAGCACAGCUGAUAGAAAAAUUGUAAAAAGGAUUUUUGUUUUAAAUUUUCGAAAAGUUUAAUGAAGUGUUGAAAGUUUUUAAUUAUUUUUGAACAAGCGAAAUUUUGAGAAAUAGACUUAAUUGGAUUUGAGUUGAUAUUGAAUGCUUAGAGCUACAAAAAGCAUUAAAUUUUAAACUUUAAAGUCGUAUACAAAUUUUCAAGGUUGAACCAGAAAAAAAUUGAGUUUCUACGGAAAUAAAAAAAAAUAAAAACAGAUGAUAAGCUGCAUCAAUAAUUGUAAACCAUAUCAAGCGAUGAUUAAAAGUACUAGAAUUAAAAAUUAUUUGAAUAAUAAAGUGUAGUUAGUCAUAAACUUAAUAAGACCCAAGUACAAAUAAAACCAUGAUAAGAAGGAUAACUCUUUAUGGAUAGUCAAACAAUAAAAACAAACUGUGAUAACAAUUUAAAGUAUUCUCAAGUGAUAAAGCACAAAAUUAAGAAGUUUAAGUGGUUCCAAUCGCAAAAUUUAAGCAAUUAAAUAUUUUUAUAUUUUUGUACAAUCCCACAUCGCUGGCUGUACAGAACUCGUCAAUAAUUAAAUAAUAAUAAUAACCUUAAUGAUUUUUGUCACAUUAAAAAAUGUGUUAAUGCAGUAAGUCAACAAAAGUGUCUAAAACAUUCCGAAACAAACUGAAGAUUUUUGUCAACUCACAAAAAAAAAUAAAUUCAGCCAUGGAUUACGACACAAUAUUGGAAGAAAUUGGUGGCUUUGGAAAGUUUCAAAUUAAAAUUUUGAUGCUAGUUUGCCUUCCUGUUCUUUAUGGUGCAGCGAAUUCACUUACAUAUAUUUUUACAGCCCGUAAACCACCUUACAGAUGCUUUGUGUCUGAAUGUGAACAGCUCGAAAGUACAGACUACAGUCAAGAUUGGCUGCAAAAUGCAUUACCAGGUUCAUUGUCAAAUGGAAAGUUUGUACCUGAAGGGUGUUACAAAUACAAUUUUAUACAGAACAUCAACGAUACGGAAUUAACAAGGAAUGACACUUGCUUUGCUGAUUUAUUUGGUUUGGAACAGGAAAAGUGCAACAGUUGGAUUUUUUCUAGUGAUGAAGUGACGAUUGUCAAUGAUUGGCCUACUGAAUUGACAUGCACUGAAAAUCAAUGGAAGCUUGCAUUUGCUGGAACUGCAAAUUUUGCCGGCGUAAUGAUUGGAUCAGCACUUUUUGGCUUUUUAGCUGAUUAUUAUGGAAGGCGGAAAAUUUUUAUUAUUUCAAUAAUGUUCAUGUCAUUAAGUGGAAUUGGCCAGGCCAUUUCAAGCUCCUACUUAAUGUUUUUAAUUUUUACAUUUUUGAAUGCGGCUGGAACAGCUGGAAUUUAUUUUUCAGCAUUUAUAUUGGUAAUUGAAAUCAUCGAUAAAAACAAACGGGAAAUGUCAGCCGUUCUACUUAAUUACUUUUAUUCAUUUGGCGGAGUUCUUAUUGGAAUGACUGCAUAUUUUGAUCGUAAUUGGAGAAAUCUCAUUUGCUGGCUGUCGCUUCCGCCAAUUUUAUUUAUAUUCUUUUAUCGACUCAUUCCCGAGUCUGUGUGCUGGCUGAUUUCAAAUAAAUUACAUUCAAAUGCAUAUAAAAUAGUCAAAAAAGCAGCAAAAACAAAUAAUAAGGAACUGUCAUUGAGUUUGACGUCACAAUUUGAAGGAAAUUUUAUAAUUGAUAGAAAAAUACCCAUAGACUCAUCAGAAAAAAUUGAAAAGCCUGAAAAUGCAAGCUAUGCUGCACUCUUUAAAUCCAAAAUCCUAAUGGUACGCAUCCUUAUUCUAUGUAUCUUAUGGGGAACAAACGCACUUGUGUUUUAUGGGCUAUCACUUAAUUCCGUUAAUUUAAGUGGAAACAUUUACUACAACUUCAUAUUCGGAAGUCUGAUUGAAAUACCAGGAACAACAAUCGCUUGGAUUUCAAUGAACAAAAUUGGACGUCGAUAUCCAUUAGUAUUUUCAUUUUUGAUCUGUGGAGUGGGAUGCGUAUGGGGUGCUUUUAGUGAUAAUGAAGCAUUUUUGCUUGAAACUCUUUCAUUUUUAAUCAGCAAAAUGGCAAUUUCGAUGUCUUUUACAAUCACAACUGUCUAUACUGCUGAAAUGAUGCCUACAAACAUGAGAAGCGGAGCUGUUGGUACAUUAUCAACAGUAGCACGACUUACAUCACUUCUUGCACCAUUUAUUCCACUACUUAAAAGUUACUAUAGCUUUUUGCCUUUAACAGUUUUCGGAUCAUUUGCUCUAGUAGCUGGAUUUAUGUCCCUAUUCCUACCUGAAACAUUGGGAUGUGAUCUCCCCGAUACAAUAAGCGAAGCUGAGGAAAUGGGAGUGUAAUUGUAAAUGAAUUUCAUAAAAAUUUAAAUUAAGUCAAUUUUUUUAUACAGAACUCGAUGUUAUGUAACUUCCAAUUUGUUAUAUGUAAUGAAAAAUGAAGCUGACAAAAAUUCCAA